AUGUCGCAAAAAUUCACCCCCGCCGACGUCGGCCAGCACAAGGACGACGCCAACGGCUACUGGCUCAUCAUCGAGAACGACGUCUACGACCUGACGAAGUUCAUGGACGAGCACCCCGGCGGCUCCAAGGUGCUCAAGCGCUUCGCCGGCAAGAACGCAACAAAGGCCUUUUGGAAGUACCACAACGAGAGCGUCCUGAAGCGCUACGGCGCAAAGUACAAGAUUGGCGAGGUCGGCGAGGCGGCCAAGCUGUGA